AUGGUUUCCAGGGUUCACAAGCGAACAGCCAUGUACAGGAAUUUACAAGUGCUUCGUUCAAUCACAUACUCCCAUUCACGCCGUAGAACCUCAGUGGUAUUGGAUGCGUCAGAGUACAUACAAGGUUUAAAGAAAAAGCUUCAAGAUCAAUUGAACCAGUUACCAGUUGCAACAGCACAAAAAAUCAUUAACUAUGAUCCAAUGCCUAUGCUUAAAGUUGAACCUCAAGAAGAGGGCUUUGUGAUCAAGGUGCUGAGUCAAAGGAGUUGCCAAGGGUUGCUAGUGUUCAUAUUGGAAGCAUUUGAAAAGCUGGGUCUUGAUGUGAUCCAGGCUAGGGUGUCUUGUGCAGACAACUUCAAUUUAGAAGCUGUUGGAAACAAAGAGAAUAAUCAAGAUACACGCCUUUUGGAUGCACAAUUAAUUGAACAAGUAGUGUCUCAAGCUAUUCAAAAUUGGAGGGAAGUUACACAGCAAUAA